CUUUCCCGCGACGGUCUCAACAGGAAGGUCCUCUACCGGGUGAAUUUGUUGUGGAUGACACUUUUCCUCGUCCUUCACCAGUAAAAUGUACUAUAAGUUCAGCGGUUUCACCCAGAAACUGACGGGGUCUGCUCCUACGGCCGCCUAUAACCCACAGGGGCUGAGGCCAGGCGUGCCAGCAGAGUCCCCAGCCAUGGUCUUUGCCACACCCACAAAGGUGGUGUCAGAGACCGGGGCCGCCGUGGAGUACAUGGGAUCAAACAGGGUUCCUGAUCUCCAGAAAAUGUUCCAGAAAUCUGACGGCAUCCCCGUUCAUCUGAAGGGUGGAUUUCCCGAUCGGCUACUGUACCGCACCACCAUGGCUCUUACUAUUGGGGGCACUAUCUACUGUCUGGUGGCUCUUUACAUUGCAGCCCAUCCCACAAGGAAUAAGUGACCAAGCUUAAACCAGGAUUCUUCUGUAGCUCAUCUGAUCAUCGACCCAACAUUGCCAGUGUCCAUCUGCCCUCGCUCUGCCACCUCUUGGGACUCUUAGAUGAGAAUCAACUGUCAGAAUAGCAGCACACCAAUCAUAACAAGAGUAAUAUUUAUCUACCUUCUCAAAAAGAUGUCUGUGUUAAUAAAUUUGAUGGGAAACAA